AUGAAGCGAGAGAUGAAGUCGCUUGAAGAACACAGCACAUGGAAGCUAGUGGACAUGCCACCGGGCAAGAAGGCCGUUGGCUACAAGUGGGUCUUCAAGAUCAAACGCGAUCCAAGUGGGGAGAUCAUCAAGUUCAAGGCACGCUUGGUUGUUAAAUGGUUCACGCAGCGUCCUGGUAUCAACUACAACGAGACCUUUGCACCAGUGGCGCGCAAGGAAUCUAUCAACACAGUGUUGGCGAUCGCUGCAGCUGAAGACCUGGAAGCAGAAAACGUUGAUGUCGACACAGCGUUUCUCUAUGGCGAAGUGGAAGAGGAGAUCUACAUGGACCAACCUGACGGUUUUGAAGAUGAAGGAAGCCCGAAUAAGAAGUGUUUGCUGCAAAAGGCGCUAUACGAGACGAAGCAAGCGGCGCGGCAGUGGAACAUCAAGUUGAGUCAGCACUUGAAUGAUCAAGGGUUCAAGAGCAGUGCAGCGGACCCGUGUGUGUUCGUUCGAGUGAAAAGAGAGGAGUACAGCAUUAUCGUGAUUUACGUGGACGACUUGAUGAUUUUCUGCAAGACGAAGGGGCACAUCGCAAGUACCAAGAACUCAUUGAUGGAAGAUUUCAGCAAUAAAGAUCUUGGAGAUCUCAAGUACUGCCUCGGGAUCGAGAUUCAUCGCAAGCGCGAAGAUGGAACGAUCAAGAUGAACCAGAAGGCGUACAUCAAGCGACUUUCGGAGAAGUUUGGCGUUGAAAACUGCAAGGACGUGCACACGCCGGCGGACAGUAACUCGAAGCUGAUCAAGAUGGGUCAAGAGGAAGCGUUUGUACCAAAGUACCCAUACCGUGGGCUGGUGGGCGCUUCAAUGUACAUCGCCACGUGUACUCGACCGGACAUUGCGCAUGCGUUUGGCGAAGUUGUGAAGUUUUGUGAGCGCUACGACAAGUCGCAUUGGACAGCAGCAAAGCGGAGUUCUUAA